CUGUUUUCAAACGUAGUACUUCAAACUAAGCAUUUCGAUUGGAGAAUCACGUUCAACCUCUUUAUUUCCGUAUCGAAAAUUUUCCAAGUUGACGUUGAAUAGCGAUUUGAUGAUACACUGUACUUAAUUUCAUCAAUACAGUGACUUGCAUGAGAAAUGACAAUGUAUGUGCUAUCUACGUGAUUUAAAGAAAAGAAAACGUGUUUGAACAAUUAUGUGACUGAAUGUGAAAGAGUAGCAUUAAAAAAAUGUUUCAUCACGAAUACGAGAAACGGCUGUUGAAGUCAAACAGCGAGAGUCAUAUAGAUAGUCUGGCAGGUUCUGGACUUCAUUCAUCAGUAUAUUUUUCGCCAACUAAGAUGAUGAACAAUAGUUUCGAUCGAUUUAUUCCAACACGAUCGGGCAAUAAUUGGCAAACAACAUUUUCAAUGAUAUCAGAAAAUAAUCGGAAUGGUAUAGUUACAAAGAAGACUCGCGAAAAUGGAGAAAGUAACCGUGAUGGUAUUGCUUAUUCUUGUCUUCUAAAAAAUGAACUUCUUGGAGCAAGUAUAGAAGAUGUAAAAGGACAAUGUGAAGAAAGAAGAGUAUUAUCACCAUUAGUUACCAGAAAUCUCUUUAAAUACAUUACACCUACAAAAGACCACACACUAUUGGAUCAAAGUUCACCUUAUUCUUUAUCACCAUUGAGUGCUAAAAGUCAGAAACUUUUAAGAUCACCAAGAAAAGCAACAAGAAAGAUUUCCAGAAUACCUUUUAAAGUAUUGGAUGCUCCUGAAUUGCAAGAUGAUUUUUAUUUAAAUCUUGUUGACUGGUCUUCUCAAAAUGUUCUUAGUGUUGGUCUAGGUAGUUGUGUUUAUUUGUGGUCUGCGUGUACCAGCCAAGUGACUAGAUUAUGUGAUUUAUCCAGUGAUGGUAAUAGUGUAACAUCAGUUGCUUGGAAUGAAAGAGGAAACCUAGUUGCAGUUGGUACACAUUUGGGCUACAUCCAAGUAUGGGAUGUAGCUGUAAGUAAACAAGUAAGCAAAUUACAAGGACAUAGUGCAAGAGUUGGAGCACUAGCUUGGAAUGGUGAAGUUUUAUCAUCUGGUAGUAGAGAUAGGUUAAUAUUACAAAGAGAUGUUAGAACUCCUUGUGUUGUCAGUGAAAGACGUCUAGGAGCUCACAGGCAAGAAGUUUGUGGACUCAAAUGGUCUCCAGAUAAUCAAUAUUUAGCCUCUGGUGGAAAUGACAACCGUCUUUAUGUAUGGAACUUACAUUCCCUUUCACCAAUACAAACAUACACUGAACAUCUAGCAGCAGUUAAAGCUAUUGCGUGGUCUCCACAUCAUCAUGGUCUUUUAGCUUCUGGUGGUGGUACAGCAGAUAGAUGUAUUAGAUUUUGGAACACAUUGACGGGUCAACCAAUGCAAUGUGUAGAUACUGGUUCUCAAGUUUGUAAUUUGGCUUGGAGUAAGCAUAGUUCAGAACUAGUCAGUACACAUGGUUAUUCUCAAAACCAAAUUUUGGUUUGGAAAUAUCCCAGUUUAACCCAAGUUGCAAAAUUAACAGGACAUUCAUAUAGAGUUUUAUAUUUAGCUAUGUCACCAGAUGGUGAAGCUAUUGUAACUGGUGCUGGAGAUGAAACUUUGCGUUUUUGGAAUGUGUUCAGUAAAGCACGUAGUCAGAAAGAAAAUAAGUCUGUAUUAAAUCUUUUUACUAGUAUUCGAUAAAUUAAUAUAAAAAGAAUAUUGAUUUUAUGUAUAAUACAUAAUAUAUGCACUAUUCUAGUACUUUGAAAAAUUAUAAUGUAUACAACAUAUAUAACUAAUAAUUUACAAACAUUUAGUUAAAUAUAAGAACAUAUUCUGAAAUCUAUUAAGAUUAAGUUUAUGCACAGCCAACUAUUGAUUAAUUUUUGCGUGCAAUAAGUUAUUAUUCAUAAAAUUAUGCCCUUAUAAGAAAAAGAAAGAUGAUAUAUAGUUUUUAUGAAUUUUUCAUACAAAUGUUUUUAUGUACAAACUAUUCAAUUUAUAUCUCAUCAAUGCAAUAUUUACUUUUUACAUAAAAUAUAAUCUUUAUUAUAUACAAUACUAUUUACAGAUUAGUCAUUUGUAUUUCUAAUUACUAAUUAGUCAUUUAUAUUAUUUGUUUAUACUAACAAAAUUCAAUGACUAAAUAUAUUUAAUAAUUUAUUUUAAUUAUAUAAUAUCAUAAAACAAUGUAAAAGAAUGUAAUACUAUGAUAUUGGUGUUAAUUUUUAAAGUAUUACAUCUCAUUUCUUUUAAGGGCAUAUUAUUAUACAUUUAUAAGACUCAUUAUUUAUAAUCUUUUUUUUUUUAAUUUUUGAAAAAUAUUUUUACAACCUUACCAAAAUUAAUCUUAUGUAAAAUUUAUAUAGAAAAAAUUAUAUCAAGGUUGUAUAUUAAUUAUUAUUUUUUCUUUGAGGUGACUUAUAUUAAUUUAUAUUUUGCAGCUAGCAAAUUGUACAAACAAAUUGAAAGAUGAUUUAUAAAAUAAAUCCAUUUAUUUAUACAAAAAUAAUAUAUUGAUAUAUUUACUUAUACAUUUAAGAUAAAAUUUUGAAAACAAUUAUUAAGAAUAUUAUAAAUAUUCCAGUGCAGUAGAAUUUAAAAUUUAUAUUAUAUAGUUCUCAAAGAAUAUGUCUAUUCUAUUUUCUAAAAUCUUAAAAAAUAUAUUAAACAUAUGUAAAACGAAAUAAAUAUAUUCUUAAAUGACAUUAAAUGAUGUAAUUUUUUA